UGGACUAUUCCGUCGGCGACGCCCGGUCGUCCUCGGCUUCUGGCAGACGCUAUGAGUCCCUCGACGUCUUCGGCGUCCCUGGACGCCAUCCUGAGCCCCCGGCGGCUCCUUCCGGCCACUCCGGGUUCCCCGCCGCCGUCGCAGCAGGUGGCGGGCCUGCCGCUGUCCUUCUUCGGCAACAUGCGGGGACCCCGGUCGGCCACGUCCUUCCAGGACGUCUCCGAGGACCCGCUCUUCCUCUGCGCGGACCUCUUCGGGGACAACACGUCGGACGACUCGAUGACCACCAACGUCGCCGGCUCACUCAAGGGCUCUACGGACGCUGCAGCGUCGACCAGCACCGCGGCGAAAGCGUUCUCGUCGACGAGCACGGUGGCGUCGGACGUGACUGCCGCGCCUAAGGACCACCAGCAGACACGCUCGACAACGUCAUUGAGACCCUCUGAGCGCAAGAGGAUGAAGAUGCGAGUCUCCAAGGAUGGCGAGGACGCCGGCAUGGCCGAACCGGAGGACAGGGCGGAGCCCAGAUACAGCACGUCUUCAUCGUCGCUUGACUGAACAAAGAACUGGAGGGGACUCCCAAUUGCUGGCGAUAUAUAAAAUCGCAUCCACACAUACGACAAAAAAAAAGCAAACACGCAACCGCAAGCUUUUUUUUUUUUUUUUUCACGGAGAUGUUUUGCGUUGUUUGGGAGUAAAAAUAUCGUAUAAAUAAACCAAUGGACUGAAUGCGGUGAAA